AUGGCGGCCCAGGCCGACCUGGCGUGCACUUCGCACCCGGGAUGGCCAAAAGCGGCGAAUAAUACAGGUUACUUCGACCGCGGAACUUGCUUUGAUAGAACGAUGGGGUGGGUGAAUGAUACGGGAAAGACGUUACCUGAACAUUGUUUAAAGCUCCUCUUCCGGAAUACUACGUUUGAGGAUAUGACUCUGACUUUCUUGGGCUGUAAUCAAUUCUGCGGACGAGAUCAAGGAUGGUAUUCUAACCCAGAUGCGCUCGAGCGGGUCCUGACCUGGAUAUUUCCAAUAUUCUUCCUUCUGUUCAACCUCAAAUUACCAGCAAUUGGAUGGGAGAAAUUCUUUGCAAUAACACAUGCCAUGGGGGAUCCUAUUGACAGCGUUUGGUCCCUCUUGGAUAAAAUCUACGCUUGGGAAAAAUGUCACGCAUUCGCCGAAGAGUUCGUUACGGAAGAGGAGAGCAUUAGAGACGAAGUAAUAGUCAAUGAAGCUGAAAGACUCGAGCGAAUUAAAGUUAUUGGCACAACCUUUGCGGGUAUCGAAGAAAUAAUGGGAUAUCGCCCCGAUUCAGAAAGCAUUUAUUGGGAUAUAGCCAGUUCGCUUGGUUUGAUGAAGACAACUGAGUUCGACGAGUGGCGGAGAGCGGCAACAACGUUGGUAGACGAUAGGACAAACGACUUCAUUCGAACGGGGGUGGCUAUCGGCCUUUUUAUCUUCCAGUUCUUCUCCGAGUUAGUAUUCGACUCUGAUAAGGUCCCUCCAGGAGGCCGCCUAGGUUCAGCUAUGCUCCUUUCUUGGUUGAUCCCAUUGGUACUUAUCAGUAACAUCAUGGGAGGGGUUGCUUCACGGCGAACAUGUCUUAGGACUAUCAUCUGCUUGGUUGAGAAUAUAAGGCGCAAUCAAGGUCGGCUGCUAAACCAACGGGCCGAUAGUCGUCAUUGGGACGACUACUUCGAUAAGGUAUAUUCGACGGGAGCAAUCUAUACAUCUCGCCCGCAUAAGGUUCGAGUAAUGUGGCAAUCCAAAGGAAAAGAAAAGAUCAUUAGAAUGAUCUUGCCAUUCUUUUCUACGCUUGUAGUUGUCUUUGGGUUUAUUCCUGCCUUUUAUAUUCAUUGGAUGGCCGCCCCAAACGGAUUUAGCUGCCGCCAUUUCUGGAUCAUUGGGGUUUCCUUCGCAUGGACAAUCAGCCCCAUCAUAACGGCAACCCUACAGACAUUCACGAGAUACAAAUUCUGGGUAUGGAUUUGGGAGUAUUCUUAUGUUAUUACUAUCUGUUGCUGGGCUGUUUAA